AUGGAUGACCGAAUAAACCCAGCUCAUCGGUCUGACACCGUGGUUUCGUAUGGCAACAAAACUAUAGAAGAAAUCGAAGCCGAACUAAGAACACAUUUCGCCACACAAUACCAAAGAUUUACCUUCGAAGGUCUCAUUGGACGAGGUGCUUUCGGUCUCACAUUUUCUGCCAUCGAGAAGCUCUCCUUAACGACGUAUCGACGCAUCGCUAUAAAGCGGUCUACCCUUCGCGGUUCUGAGCACAUCGUGAGGAUGCUAGGGAGUCGCGAUGACCCUCCCUCGUUGGACCCAGUCACGGGCGCUCGAAAGGUACCAACAACUAGGGACUGGUUGGAAGGUAUUACACAACCGAUAGCGGUGUUUGAGUAUUUGGAAAAUGCAGAUAUACGACGGCUAUAUGACAGAUUAAUAAAACACGAUCAAUUGUUACCAAAUCGCAUACUGUGGUCCUUCUUCCUGUGCUUAAUAAGAGCCUGUGUUGCUCUCGCUUAUCCUAUGAAUGGCACUGAGGACCAGGUAUCCCAACUAGAAACGAUCCCUGAGGAUGGUAGACAGCCAAGUGAUAUCGAGCAUGCAGACCUACAUCUGUCAAAUGUUAUGAUAGGAACAGCUGGCUUGAGGUUUCAAGAACACUCUAUAGUUCCACCACUUAAAUUCAUUGAUUUUGGUCGAACAAGGGAGGGAUUCCAAGGGGUCGCCGAUAAUGUUUGGAAAAUAUCCAGGAUUAUGAUUAACCUGAUCGCAAGACACGAAGUACGGAUCUCGGCGUGGAUUACGGAAUAUCAAGGUUUCCAAACACGAGCAACGGAGAUUCUACACCACGGAAACGGCGCGAAAUACCCCACCCUCGACGACGAUCUUCGCGAUUUCUUGGCUAGAUGUCUCGCAGACAGAGUUCGGGAACGUGCUAGUUUGGCAUAUAUGUUGCAAACAGCCGAAGCUGCGGUGCGCGACAAAACCGCGGAGGCAUUCCCUAACCAACCUGGGGAGACGGAUGAGGCAAUCGCGGCGUUGAUAAAGAGAUUUAUAUAUGAUGCUGAUGUAGAAGGCUCUGGAGAUCAAUAG